GGUUUCUUGCUGCCAACUUUGCAUCCAUCACUUUUGUUCCAACUGUGUUUCAUUUCCCAGCAGGCCCACCGCAUCCUCUCAAAUCCAACCUUUUUAACUGAUUUGCCUACAUAAUAGGCCUCUCACUCGACAAGAUCCACCCUCCAUUUCUACCAAACAAGAGCUCUGCAUUUGGCACCCAGUUGAAAGAAAGAAAUAAAGAAAGGCUUCAUCAUUUGUUGUUUCUGAUUGUGAGGGGAAGAUGUCUGCAGCUGUGGGAGCUGUCUCUGCAACCAAAGACCUUCCCUUUAAUCCUCAUUUGGAGGAGGAGCUUGAAAACAAUGAAGCUCAAGACACCGAAAUUGAGACUGAAGCAGAAGAAGAUGAUGACUCCAAGUUGGAAUCUGACAGAGAAUUGGACCUCGGCCCUCAAUUUUCACUCAAGGAACAGCUUGAGAAAGAUAAAGAUGACGAAAGUUUGAGAAAAUGGAAGGAGCAACUUCUUGGCAGUGUUGAUUUCUCUGCCAUUGGAGAGAUCAAAGAGCCAGAAGUGCAAAUAGUGAGCCUCACUAUAAUAUGUCCAGGACGGCCAGACGUUAUCCUGCCGAUCCCAUUCACUACUGCUUCUAAGAAGUGUCUCUUCACGCUCAAGGAAGGAAGCAAAUACCGCUUGAAAUUCACCUUCAUUGUCUCUAACAACAUCGUUUCUGGCCUCAAAUACACCAACGUCGUCUGGAAAACUGGUCUUAGAGUGGACAAUUCAAAAAGAAUGCUGGGAACUUUUAGCCCACAGCAGGAGCCGUACACAUAUUUAUUGGAAGAAGAAGCAACCCCCUCUGGCUUGUUUGCUAGAGGAAGCUAUUCGGCAACAACCAAGUUUGUAGAUGACGAUGGAAAAUGCUACAUGGAUGUCAACUACCACUUUGAAAUUCAGAAGAAUUGGCCAGCCGAACACUGAGAUUCAUUCUAUGUUACGUUGUUGGUCGAUUUGUUUCCUCUGGCAUCUUAUAAUCUGAGCUGAUAUGUAAUAAUGAAGGCUAUGAAGUUGUUAUAAAGUAUUUGGUGAACUCAACCUUACCAUUUGCCGACCUGACACACUGUUGUUAGUGCUCCAUUAAGUAGUUGGUCAAUUGAUUCAAAGCCAAUCAUUUUGGUUGUUAAGAGCAUCAUAAUACGUUUCUGGUAUGGUGAAAGAAUAAAGCUAAGAUGAAAA